CUUAAAAAAAGACUAUUUCUUAUAAAUGAAGUCAAAUAUCUCAUAACAGAGUAUAUAUAUCGCUGGUCUGCCUUUAGUUGUCUAUUCCAAGAACAAGUUAAUUUUUGGCAAAAAUGGAUAUUAUCAUAGUCAUCCUUACCUUUAUAGUCCUCUUCUUCUUCUCCUUCUCAUACCUUGUCACAAGCUUAGAGGUAUGCACGGAGGUUGUUUGUGCCAGAGAUGAGCCGAAAAUCCGGUUCCCUUUCCAGUUAAAGAACCGCCAGCAGGCAGAGUCAUGUGGUUAUCCGGGGUUCGAUUUAUCCUGUGACAUGAAAAGCCAAACUAUACUCAAGCUGCCAAACUCUGGAGAAUUCACUGUCCAAGCCAUAGACUAUGGCACGCAAGAAAUAUGGAUCAAUGAUCCUAACAAUUGUCUACCUAAAAGAAUUCUUUCCCUCAAUCUUUCGGGUUCUCCUUUUUAUGGUGGUUUUUAUCAAGAUUUUGCAUUCUUUAAUUGCUCCUCGAGUUAUUUGGAUUAUGGAUUGAAUCCUAUAGCUUGCCUCAGUGGUUCUACCUACACAAUAUUUGCCACAGCUUCAACUGCUAUGGCAAACCUUUUGUCAUCGCAAUGCUAUUCAGUUGGGACUUUUCCUGUUCCUGUUCAGUGGACAUUUUAUGAGAAAGUAAUGUCAGCGGACCUCGGUGAGGAUCUCCGGCUAACGUGGGACGUACCAACGUGCGGGAGGUGUGAGUCGCAGGGUGGCCGAUGCGGGUACAAGAGCAACUCUAGUCGAGAAAUUGUGUGCUCGAAUCUUCCUGCAAGUGGAAUUCCAAGAACUGCCAGAUAUGCAGUUGCUGUAGGGGUUGGAGUACCGGCAGUGCUGUGCUUUUUUGGGCUUUUAUGUUGUCUCUUCGGGAGAGUCAAGUCCAUUGCAACGGGGAGACCUCGACCCAUUAUGGACUUUACUUCUGCAGUGGCUCCACAGCCCACUGUCGUUGCAGGCCUUGAUGGGCCAACUCUUGAGUCCUAUCCAAAGAUAGUUUUGGGUGAAAGUCGGCGAUUGCCCAAACCUGAGGAUUUAACAUGCCCUAUUUGCUUGUCGGAGUACAAGCCCAAGGAGACCCUGAAGACCAUUCCCGAAUGCCAACAUUGCUUCCAUGCUGAUUGUAUUGAUGGAUGGCUACGAUUGAAUGCCACGUGUCCAAUUUGUAGGAAAUCUCAACAGCCUUCAGCUUCGGGUCCUGCGGAUGUUUGAGUUUUUCCCAUACCUCAAUUUGUAGAAUCUUUAUUACCAAGUUUUUUGUAUAUAAAUCAUUUUCCA